AUGGCUUCAUCUGUGGACUGUGGCUAUGGUCUUGAAAUAGAAUACGACGAAGAUUACAAGAAAUGCUUUGGGCCCACUUUGGAUAUCAGUUUUGCCUCUAUUGUCAGUCUGGCAGCAAAGGCGAAUUUUCCGAACUCGCAAAGUUUACCAGGAGGACAAGUAGUAAAUAGACAUCUUGGUUACUCCAAUAUAGUCCAUAUUAUCGAGUUCGAUUGCGGUAAGAAGUCUAUAGUUCGUGUACCAGCACACGGAUGGGGCAACAAGUUUGAUCAGAGGCAUAAAGACUCUUUGAGAUCUCAAGUAUUCACAUUACAGCUGAUCAGAAGUAAAACCAGCAUUCCCGUACCUGAAAUAUUAGAUUUCAGCACUGAAAGCUCCAAUAUCAUUGGGGCUCCUUACAUGGUAAUGAGUUUCCUCCCUGGACAAAGUCUUGGACACAUGUGGACGGAUGCAUCUGGGCCUACAUACUUGGAAACGCGACGACUGAGAUCAUUGGAUACAGUCGCAGAGGCGAUGUCUCAACUGGCAAGCUUGAAGUUCGACAAGAUUGGAAUUCUGCUACCAAAGCAUGUCCAUGAUCCGGAAAGCUUUGAAAUUGGCCCUUGUGGUUUUUUUGAGGCUUCCGAUGAGUCUAGCCAGCCCAAUUCAUCACCUCAACGUCGCGAGACCGGACCAUUCAAAUCCUCACGGGAUUAUAUGUGGGCAUCGUACGGUGCUUCUGAGACGGAUUUCAUGUCGGGUUCGUUUAACUAUGAGAAAACCCUCAAGCAGCUCAUUUCAUACUUGCCUCAAGAUACCUUGGACGAAACCUUCGUGCUUACCCACCCUUGUCUCGACUUAGAGAACAUUCUGGUCGAUGAGGAGGGAAACCUUACUGGAAUGAUUGACUGGGAUAAUGUCCACACAGUUCCGGAAUUCUUAGGUUAUGCUCGACUCCCUAGUUGGAUUUGGCGGGAUUGGGACCCAUUGAUGUAUGGAGUAGAGGAAGCCGGUCCGUUAGACAUUCCCAAGGAGGGCUCGCCUGAGCAACUUGCACAGUAUCGAAACCACUACUCAGAUAAGCUGAGAGAUCUUCUUAAGGGUGACCAUUGUUUGGAGUACCUGUUGAGAUCUCAUAUCUUCACAUCAAUUGCAUCUGCUGUCGGAGGCGACAUCUCUAGAUUUUUAAUCUUGUCGAAGGUCAUCACGGAGGCUUUAGGGGAUGAUAUGCCUGAGGAUAUGAACGCCUGGGACAUCUUGUUUAGUAUCGAAAAAGAUGAGUUGGACGGGAAAAUCGAAGACUUGCUGAACGAGAAACUUAAAGCGCUCCUAGGAUGGCAAGACGACGACUAUCGAGUUGACUUGGAGAUUCUCUUUGCUUCGGCUUGA